AUGGCGGGAGAGAUGGAAGAAGAGAUGGAAGGAGAGAUGGUGGGAGAGAUGGACGGAGAGAUGGCGGGUGAGAUGGACGGAGAGAUGGACGGAGAUAUGGCGGGAAAGAUGGACUUAAAGAUGGGCGGAGAGAUGGACGGAGAGAUGGCGGGAGAAAUGGACGGAGAGAUGGAAGGAGAGAUGGACGGAGAGAUGGACGGAGAGAUGGAUGGAGAGAUGGCGGGAGAGAUGGACUGGGAUAUAGAAGGAGAGAUGGACGGAGAUAUGGAAGGAGAGAUGGUGGGAGAGAUGGACGGAGAGAUGGCGGGAGAGAUGGACGAAGAGAUGGACGGAGAGAUGGAUGGAGAGAUGGCGGGAGAGAUGGACGGAGAUAUGGAAGGAGAGAUGGUGGAAGAGAUGGACGGAGAUAUGGAUGGAGAGAUGGACGGAGAGAUGGAUGGAGAGAUGGCGGGAGAGAUGAGCUGA